UGCAAGAUCUUCAAAACCCAGAAAAAUUCAUCUGAUUCCUUUUUUUCCUUUUUUCUAAUCCCUGUUUUUGCCCUAGAUUUCUUUAGGGUUUUGGGAACGGAUUUGUGUUAUGCAUUUUCUCUCUUACAAGGGUUGAAUCAGGUCUCUUUGUUGUUGGUUUGUGUUGUUCCAAGAGUGUUUCGACAUGCCUGCUCUUGCGAAUUAUUGCGGAACUGGUGAACUCCACAAUGCCGGGGGUUCCAUUUGUAAAACUCAGUUGAAUUUGGGCAAAUUGCUUUACACUGGUGACAAUGCGGGUGUAUAUUAUUACCCUCCAAACAAAAGGGCUCGUAUUAGUUCCUCAGUUCUCUCUGUUGAAUCAGAAACCGAGGUUUCCGAGCAGCAAUCUAUCGAAAUUCUCCCCGAUGAGUGCCUCUUCGAGAUCCUGAGACGCCUCCCCAGAGUCAAAGAACGGUGUUUGUCUUUGUGUGUAUCCAAACGCUGGCUUAACGUUCUGACUUCUAUGCGGCUGUCUGAAUUCUCCGCCUGUAACGAUGUGGACAUGGUUCUGAGUGAAGAUGAUGAUGAUGGAAGCCGAGUAAGGUGCUUGGAAGGGAAAAAGGCAACAGAUAUGACGCUUUUUGGUCUUGCUGUUGGAAGAAAUCUCUGUAAUGGUCUUGUGAAGCUCUCAAUCACGGGAAGCUCCAUGGCCUCGAACUUUGGAGUUUCAGCAGUUGCUCGUUCGUGCACUUCAUUGAGAGCCCUUUCCUUAUGGAACGUGCCUCAUGUUGGGGACAAAGGUCUUCCUGAAGUAGCUAAAGAGUGUCAUUUGCUUGAGAAGCUUGAUCUUUCCCACUGCCCUUCAGUCACUAGCAAAGGGUUGAUCUCUGUUGCCCAGAACUGCCCAAAUCUAACUACUUUGAAACUCGAGUCGUGCCCGAGAAUAGGAAACGAGGCCUUGCUAGCUAUUGGAAGGUACUGCCCCAAGUUAGAGUCUAUCACUGUCAAAGACUGCCCACUUGUUGGUGAUCACGGCAUAUCAAGCCUAAUUUCCUCUGCUUCACCUGUCCUUUCCAAGGUUAAUCUCCACGGUCUGAGCAUCACAGAUUUCUCUCUCGCUGUUAUUGGGCACUACGGGAAGUCCAUCACCAGCCUCAUGCUAAGUAAUCUCCUGAAUGUUACUGAAAGAGGCUUCUGGGUCAUGGGAAAUGCUCGGGGUUUGCAUAAGUUGGUGUCUUUGGGAGUUACUUCUUGUCGAGGAGUUACGGAUCUGAGCCUCGAAGCUUUGGGGAAAUGUUGCAUAACCCUAAAGCAGGUCUGCCUUCGCAAGUGUGGCUUCAUCUCCGACAAUGGAUUGGUGGCGUUUUCAAAGGCCAUGGGAUCUCUCGAGACCCUGAAACUGGAGGAGUGCAAUGGGAUUGGUCAGUCGGGAAUUUGCGGCGUUCUUUCUAGUUGUGGAGGGAAAUUGAAGUUUCUUUCUCUUCUGAGGUGUACAGGGAUAAGGGAUCUCGCCUUCAAAUCAUCAGAUUUGUAUCCUUGUAACUCUCUGAGAUCCUUGUCUGUACAAAGCUGUCCUGGAUUUGGUAAUGGCGGGCUUGCUAAUCUCGGGAAGCUUUGUCCAAACCUUCAGCAUCUAGAUCUCAGCGGUCUUUACGGGACAACGGAUGCCGGGCUUCUCCCGCUUAUAGAAAACAACAGGGCCGGACUUGUCACGGUGAAUCUAACUAGCUGCUUCAACUUGACCGACGGAGUUGUCUACUCCUUGGCCAAGUUACAGGGCGGAACCCUCGAGGUCCUCAAUCUCAAUGGUUGCAGAAGGAUCACGGAUUCAAGCCUAUCAGCCAUGGCAGAGAAUUGCAUGUUUCUAAGGGAUCUGGAUGUGUCAAAGUGCGGGAUAACCGAUUCUGGUAUCGCUUCUCUAUCUCGAGCCGAGAAAAGGUUAAACCUUCAAGUUCUGUCUGUGUCAGGUUGUUCCGAGGUAUCGAACAAGAGCCUCGUGUCCUUGAAGAAACUGGGCAGGACCCUUCUUGGUUUGAAUAUCCGAGGUUGUGAUUCCAUUACCAACGAGACUGUUCAGCGGCUCGUGGAAAGUCUAUGGAGGUGUGAUAUUCUCUCGUAAAUCUCGGGUUUUUCUUUGUACGUUCUCGGGUAUGUUCUCCUUGCAUCCAACUACCCGCAUCCACAAAGGAAAGUUUUAGCUCGUGACCGUUGUUUCCCAUCGGGGUUUUCGGGAAGAUCUGUACUCGAUCUUUCCCUUUUUUAGCAGGAUUUCUCUAGCUAGAAACCUGUUACCAACCUUUUUCCCCCCCGGCGGAAACACAGUCUCGAGCCAAAAGAGAGGAGACUAUCGUCUUGCUCCGGUGGACGCUGGUGCGUUCAUGGACAGAUCGCGUUAAGACUGCGUUUGCAUUUGCAUUUGCGUUUGGACAGAAUCUUGUUUUUGGUGACUUUGGCAAUGGCUUUGAGGGAUCAGAUCUUCACAGCCAUCGACACAACCUUGUUCUUGAGGUUUUUGUGUGUUUUUUUUUUUUUGGCGACAGAGUCUUUUAAGGUGUGUUUGAACAGGCUUCUCUUGUGUCUGUACGUGUUCCUUCGCAACCAAAGCAAUCUCUGUUGUUUCAACUGUAAGACCGGUUCUUGGUUUUACGGUUAUACCGGUUUUCUGCAACCAAUUAAGCUUCUCAUUCCGGUUAA